AUGGACACUCCCAUUGAUACUGUCAAGGAAGCAAAGAGACAUACGCACACCUACAGCUUCUUCCGAGAGCCGUUGACCGCAUUAGAGGGUUUGAGUUCGUUGAUGACCGCUUUGUGCCUGAAGAGUUUCACGGAUGAUUAUGGGAAUAUCUUGACUUUGUUGGAAACCGUGGAUUACCAAUUGGCUCCGACAUUGGAAGAGUACUCUAUCAUUCUUAAUCUCAAGGUAAAAGACGAAGUGCCAUUCAUCGACAUUCCUAAAGAAGUGAAUUUCAAGUUGAUCGCUGCUGCUCUUUAUUUGAGCAUAAAAGAAGUAUCUGAUAAUUGGAAGUCGAAUGGAGGUGUCUCGGGGUUCUCUUUGAAGUUCUUGGUGAGAAAAGCUAAAGAGGAAUUUGAGAAAACGAUUUGGAACGCGUACAAUGCAUUGCUUGCUGUGGCUAUUUACGGGAUUGUGAUGUUCCCAAAUGUUCCCAAUUUUGUAGACUCGGCCGCAGUACACAUCUUCAUGGGAAAGAAUCCUGUUCCUACACUGUUGGCCGAUACUUAUUAUGCCCAAAGGACCUUUUGUGAAGACAAGGGAACACUCAAGUGGACAUACAGGAUUAUGUCACUUACUUCUUAUGAUAUUCAGUGGCAAAAGUAUCGAAUUAACGUUUCUGAAGUGAUUGUUGGGUGUGGUAAGUUCGAUAAUGUUCCUUUGGUUGGUACUAGAGGUUGCAUCAAUUACAAUCCCGUGGUAUCCUUGCGUCAGUUGGGGUAUACGUUGAAAGACAAGCCGGCGGAUCACUUGAUAGCGGAGACAGCCUAUUUUGAGAAGGGGUCGGAUCCAGAAAAGUUGAAAGCGAUAAUUGUGGCUUGGAAGAAGAUCCGUAAGCAUAAUGGAGCCCAUUUAGGGAAGAAGGAAUCACUUGCUUUGACACCGUAUGUUGAAUGGAUUAUAAAACGGGUCGGAAACUUGUUGCUGCCAUAUGACAGGGUUGCACCACUUCAAAAGCAACCUCCUUUGAUUCUAUCCAAAUUUGUGCCAACAGAACUUUACAAAGAUGCUUUGGUUACUAACUACAGGUUGCAUGAAAGAGAGCAAGAGACCAAUUUGAAGUUCUUUGAAGAGAGAGAUGCAAAGAUGAGGUUGAUGCACCAGCUCAAGCAAGUCGAAGGUGCAAGUUCAAGUCAAGCCAGUACCCGGAGGCGUCCCUAUGAGUUGCUAGAGGAAGAUUUGCACCACAAGCAGCAAGAGUGUCUACAGUUACAGAGAUCAGAGAGUAGUCUCAAGAGGCAGAAGCGGGAUUCAGGUAAACAACUAGCAGAAGAAAAAGCUAAGACCGCUCGACUUGAAGAAGAACUAAGAAGACUCCGAGCCCAACGGAGAGGAGAUGGAGAAGUUCAUUCUGUUGCCAGGCGAUCCUAG